AUGUCGCAAGUAUACCGAGACCCGAUCCAGAGCGAGCAUUCGCAGAAGGGAGACCAGGGUCCCGGUGCCGCGGAGAAGCAGUACGCCGAGCAAGCACCCGAUCAGUACGACAAUCCGUUUGGCAAUGAGGACUACGCCGAAGUCAGGUAUCGGACGCUAUACUGGUGGCAAUGUGGCAUGAUCAUGAUUGCAGAAACCAUCUCGCUCGGAAUCUUGUCGCUCCCCUCCGCCGUCGCGACCCUCGGACUUGCGCCGGCCGUGGUGUUGAUUGUGGGGCUUGGAAUCCUCGCCACCUAUACGGGAUAUACUCUGGGCCAAUUCAAGCUCCGCUAUCCUCAUGUACAUUCGAUGGGAGAUGCGGGUGAGGUAUUGUUUGGGAGAUUCGGGUUGCCACGCUUCGGGCGCGAGUUUCUCGGAACCGCCCAGCUGCUCUUUCUUAUCUUCAUUAUGGGCAGCCAUAUUCUCACAUUUACGGUCAUGAUGAAUACGCUCACCAACCAUGCCACCUGCUCCAUUGUCUUCGGGGUUGUUGGGCUGGUCAUUUCAUUCAUUUUUGCAGUUCCGAGAACCCUGCGCAAGGUCUCAUGGUUCUCCUUCGCAUCGUUUGCAAGUAUCAUCGCUGCCGUCCUCAUCACGAUGAUCGCAAUUGCUAUCCAGCGUCCCGGGGACGGCAAGAUUGAUGUAACGACCAAAAUCGACGUGGCUACGGGGUUCCUCGCCGUGACAAAUAUUGUCUUUGCCUACGCCGGCCAUGUCGCCUUCUUCGGGUUCAUCUCGGAGAUGCAGAUCCCGACCGACUACCCCAAAACAUUGUACAUGCUACAAGCCACCGAUACGGUCAUGUACACGGUGGCGGCCGUCGUCAUCUACUACUAUGGCGGAAAAGAUGUCAAGUCUCCCGCGCUCAGUUCCACCAGCCCGAUCACGGCAAAACUAGCCUAUGGCAUUGCGAUUCCGACGAUCGUCAUUGCGGGCGUGAUCAACGGACACGUCGCCGCCAAGUACCUGUACGUCCGCGUCUUCCGGGGUACGGACCACAUGCACAGGCGCAGCCUGCUGUCGAUCGGGUCCUGGGUGGGGAUCAGCUUGGUGCUGUGGAUCAUUGCCUGGAUCAUCGCGGAGGCAAUUCCCGUCUUCAACAAUCUGCUCAGUCUGAUCACUGCGCUUUUCGCUAGUUGGUUUACAUAUGGCCUGAGUGGUAUCUUCUGGCUCUUCCUCAAUUGGGGAAGAUACGUCGAGAACUGGAGAAAGGCCUUGUUGACCAGUUUGAAUGUCGUGAUCGUCAUCAUCGGAGGAUGCCUAUGUGGCAUGGGGCUAUGGGUUUCUGGAAAGGCCAUCCAUGACGAUUCGAGCAGCGCUAGCUUUUCAUGCGCGGCGUCAAGUGGAUGA